GCGCGAGAACUACGCUUCCCAGAGCGCCACGCGAGGGGAGAGCGGCUGCGGCGCUGGUUGACGGGAGGCGCUCCCGGUACCGGGUGAGGGGCUGCUGGUGUGCGGAUCUGCGUUCCGCGGCCGGGCCCGCAGGGAGCAGGAUGUAUACUCUGCUGUCCGGACUCUAUAAAUACAUGUUCCAGAGGGAUGAGUACUGCAUCCUGAUCCUUGGUUUGGACAAUGCUGGUAAAACAACCUUCCUUGAGCAGACUAAAACUCGAUUUAACAAGAACUACAAGGGGAUGAGUCUGUCGAAAAUCACAACCACUGUAGGCUUAAACAUUGGUACCAUUGAUGUUGGCAAAACUCGGCUGAUGUUUUGGGAUCUGGGGGGCCAGGAGGAGCUGCAGUCUCUCUGGGACAAGUACUAUGCUGAAUCUCACGGUGUGAUCUACGUUAUUGACUCCACUGAUGAGGAGAGGCUCUCAGAAUCUAAAAGAGCUUUUGAGAAGAUGAUUACUAGCGAAGCUCUGGAAGGGGUUCCCAUUCUGGUGUUAGCUAACAAGCAGGAUGUAGAGACUUGUCUGUCAAUACCUGACAUCAAAACAGCAUUUAGUGACUGCAUUAACAAAAUUGGGAAGAGGGACUGCCUAACACAAGCCUGCUCUGCUCUGACUGGCAAAGGUGUGAACGAGGGAAUUGAAUGGAUGGUGAAGUGCGUGGUGAGGAACAUUCAUCGGCCGCCGAGAAAGAAGGACAUCACGUAAGAAACCCAAGGCAGCCAAGGAAUGGACAUUCUCUUCCCACACAGCUUAGUGUUCUCUUUAAAGAAGGUGGUCCACCAGAUUCCUAUUACACCUGAUUCUUUCCGAAGUUUGGAGACAGACAUUCUCUUUCUUUGUCUAAAAAACCUGAGCAAAGGAUUCCAGCUGGGGCUGGGGGGAAUCUCUUACAUCAAGUAUUAAGCCAUUGACCUGAGAGCACAGACUGAGCGGCAAUCUGUGCUUUGUUGCAGAUGCAAAGAACUUCAUUUUCUACUUUGUAUUACUUUGUGAUUCUUGAUUUAUUAGUCUGAUGGGCUAGAGGCCAGUAAUGUGGAACUCUCCUCCCUUGAAGGAACUGAAUAAGUGAAUAUGAAAGGGGAGGGAGCAUGGGGAAUGGCUCUCCCUUCUCUCUGAGAAGAUGCCUUGCUGCUCCCGCCCCAUGGCUACUAAAGGUGGUGUUACUGGCCCUGUUAUGCUUUUGUUUGUAUGAUGGGGAGAGACAGUGUUGAUUAUAACUCAGUUUUCAGUUGGCACGUUGAUCCAUGACUUUUACCUGUGGUAAAUGCAAUAUGGAAGCCAACCUGUAGCACAGUGAUACACUGUUUGAAAAGGGUAUUCUUAACAGGACGUGAGGCACUGCCUUGCUUUGACUGCCAGUCUCUGCUGUGCACUCUUUAUUGUAAGAACAAUUGAUUGCCUUGUUUAACUGGAAUGAAUUGGGGCACUCUGUGUUUAAUGUCUAGGCCAAAAUCUGAACCUCUGGGCAGGGAGAAAAUCAGUCUGCAAUAAAGCUUCCUGCUCCUUUGAA